AUGCAAAUGGCUGGUGCUGGUGACGCUCGCACGGAUCUGGUUCACGUGUUGGAAUUGAAGAAGACGCACGUACGAGAUCUGGCCAGCAUUAUCAAGGCAAUAUCCUUUCGAGAGAAUGCUACCUUCCAAGCAACUCCACAAGGAAUGCGGAUUCUUGUUGAUGACCAUCAUUGCCAACAGGAAUGCAUAAGUAUGCAUACGGGAUCUGGAGCUACAUUGAAGAUGACGUACGAUGGUCCCGGUGAACCAGUGAAACUUAUCCUCGAAGAAGAUGGAAUAGUCGUUGAUAUGAAUGUUCAGACGCUAACAACUGAAGAGAUUCUCGACUUCCAGUUCAAUACAGAUGAUGUGACGUUUCAAGUCAUUAUGAAGUCGUAUAUGUUGAAGGAAGCGAUAAAG